AGGUAACAUCACACACAUAUCCGCUUCGAAAGCCGCGACGACGACGACGACGAUGACCAGCUAGCCAGCUCGCCUAUUUAGCUAGCCCGUCACAGCGCGCUCAUUUGGAGGAUGUGUUUGUACUUGUAGCGCAGUGCGAUCGAGUGAGCAGGAGCUAGAGCUAGUGGUGGCAGAGGCAGGACAGACCGAUGGGAGCGGCCAUGGCGGAGGAGAGGAGGGCGCACGCGAUGAUGUUCCCGUUCCCGUGCUCGGGCCACAUCAACCCGACGCUGAAGCUGGCGGAGCUGCUGCACUCGCGCGGGGUGCACGUCACCUUCGUCAACACCGAGCACAACCACAAGCGCCUGCUGCGGACGGGCGGCGCGCGGCUCGCCGGCCGGGACGGAUUCCGGUUCGAGUCCGUGCCCGACGGGCUGGACGACGCCGACCGCGCCUCGCCAGACAAGACGGUGAGGCUCUACCUGUCGCUGCGGAGGAGCUGCGGCCCGCCGCUGGUGGACCUGGCGCGCCGACUCGGGGAGCAAGAGGGCGUGCCGCCCGUCACCUGCGUCGUGCUCAGCGGCCUCGCCAGCUUCGUGCUCGGCGUCGCGGAGGAGCUCGGCGUGCCGUCCUUCGUCAUCUGGGGCACCAGCGCCGUCGGCUUCGUCUGCACGCUCCGGCUGCGCCAGCUCACACAGAGAGGCUACACGCCGCUCAAAGAUGAGAGCUACUUGACCAACGGGUACCUGGACACGCCGAUCGACUGGAUCGCCGGGAUGCCGACGGUGCGGCUCGGCGACAUCUCCAGCUUCGUCCGGACGGUGGAGCCAAACGGGUUCGGCCUGCGCGUGGAGGAGGAGGAGGCCAACAGCUGCGGCAGGGCGCAGGGCCUCAUCCUCAACACGUUCGACGAGCUCGAGCCAGACGUCCUGGGCGCGCUCCGGGACGAGUUCCCGCGCGUGUACACCAUCGGGCCGCUCGCUGCCGCCAUGCACCGCCGCGUCGACCACGGCGCGUCCGGGCUGAGCCUGUGGGAGGAGGACGCGGCGUGCAUGGCGUGGCUGGACGCGCAACCGGCGGCGGGGUCGGUGCUGUACGUCAGCUUCGGGAGCCUGGCGGUGCUGUCGCUGGACCAGCUGGCGGAGUUCGCGUGGGGCCUCGCCGCCAGCAACCGCCCGUUCCUCUGGGUCGUGCGCCCCGGGCUUGUCGCCGGCGACCGCGGCAUGGAGGCCCUGCCGGCCGACUUCCUCGCGGAGACCAAGGGCCGGCGCUUCAUCGCCGAGUGGUGCGCGCAGGAGCAGGUGCUGCGGCACCGCGCCGUGGGGGGCUUCCUGACGCACAGCGGGUGGAACUCGACGACGGAGAGCAUCUGGGCGGGUGUGCCGAUGAUCUGCGCGCCGGGGUUCGCGGACCAGUACAUCAACAGCCGAUACGUGUGCGGGGAGUGGGGCGUCGGGCUGCGCCUGGACGAGCAGCUGCGGCGAGAGCAGGUCGUGGCGCACAUCGAGGAGCUCAUGGGCGGAGGGGAGAAGGGCGAGGAGAUGAGGCGCCGCGCCGCUGAGUGGAAGGCUCGUGCCGAGGCGGCGACGGCGCCCGGGGGGUCGGCGUACGAGAACCUCGACAAGCUGGUCGAGGAGCUGCGGCUGGAGGUGCCGGACGGCGGCGCCAAGCUUGCCAAAGUCACGCACGCCCGGUGACGUCACCGCCAGGCAGUGUCAUGUCCCACUGUUGCGUAAUGUACUCUUAGACUUUUGGGUGCAUGCUGUUGUUUUCUCUCGAUCUCGAACUUGUCAUUUAUCGUCAAGAUUUAGCUCAGCGACUGGCACGCCGAUCGUUUCUUACACGCAUGGCUCUCUUCAAACUAUGCAAAUCAUGGGCUUAAUGGCA